CGCGGGCGCCCAUUCUGCGGCGGCGGCGGCGCUGGCGGCGGCCGUGUUCAUGUCCUAACGGCUGUGCGGCGGCGGGCGAGGCGGGGCCCCUCCAUGCGGGGGCUGCGGUGCCGCAGCGCUUUGGCCGCCUUCACCUUGCUGGUGCUGUUUGGCGUGGCGGCGGGCGGCCCGGAGCCGCCAACGGGCGAUGCCGCGGCUGUGGAGGCCGCUUUCGGGUUGGGGGCGGCCGCCGCUCCUGCUGUUUUGCCGGCCGGUUCCGCUGACGUGACGGUGGAGGAUGAUGAGGCCGGUGUGACCUCGGCGGCGCCUGGCGACCAGGAGGCUGAGGAGAGCGGAGAGGCCCGGACCGGCGGCAGGUCUCUGGUGGUUAUCAGCACCCUGGACGGACGCAUUGCUGCCCUGGACCCCGAGAACAGCGGCAGGAAGCAGUGGGAUCUGGAUGUGGGGUCGGGUUCUCUGGUGUCAUCCAGCCUCAGUAAACCAGAGGUGUUUGGCAAUAAGGUGAUAAUCCCUUCCUUGGAUGGGGACCUGUUCCAGUGGGACCGGGACCGAGAGAGCAUGGAGGCUGUGCCCUUCACAGUCGAGUCCCUGCUCGAGUCUUCCUACAAGUUCGGUGAGGACGUUGUCUUGGUUGGGGGAAAGUCUCUGACAACCUAUGGGCUGAGCUCAUACUCAGGGAAGGUGAAGUACAUCUGCUCAGCCGUGGGCUGUCGGCGCUGGGACGACGAGGAGACGGAGCAGGAGGAGACUCUGCUCUUGCACCGCACGCAGAAAACCGUGCGGGCGGUGGGACCGCGCAGCGGCACCGAGAAGUGGAAUUUCAGCGUCGGUCACUUCGAGCUGCGCUACGUCCCAGAGCUCGAAAGCAGAGCUGGGUACCUGGAGGGCAGCUUGAAAUCAACUGUGGGCAAGGAGGACACCAAAAUCAUUUCAGAUGUGGAGGAGCAGGAAGCUGUGAUGAAAGACACAGUGAUAAAGGUCUCAGUAGCUGACUGGAAGGUGAUGGCUUUUAACAAACGAGGAGGACAUCUGGAAUGGGAAUACCAGUUCUGCACUCCCAUCGCCUCUGCGUGGCUGGUGAAGGACGGCAAAGUGAUCCCCAUCAGCCUCUUCGAUGACACGAGUUACACUGCCAGCAGCGAGGUGCUGGAAGAUGAGGAGGAUCUGGUGGAAGCUGCCAGGGGGGCCACAGAGUCCAGCGUCUAUUUGGGUAUGUACAGGGGCCAGCUGUACCUGCAGUCCUCAGUCAGGAUCUCUGAGAAAUUCCCAAGCAACCCCAAGGCUCUGGAAUCCAGGAAUGACAACUCCAUUAUCCCUCUGCCCAAGAUCAAGUGGAAGCCUUUGAUCCAUUCUCCUUCCAGGACUCCCGUGCUGGUGGGCUCUGACGAGUUUGACAAGUGCCUCAGCAACGACAAGUUCUCCCAUGAGGAGUACAGCAACGGAGCGCUCUCGGUGCUGCAGUACCCCUACGACAAUGGCUACUACCUGCCCUACUACAAGCGGGAGCGCAGCCGGCGCAGCACCCAGAUCACCGUCAGGUUCUUCGAGGACGCCGGCUACAAGAGCCUCCGCAAGAAGGACCCUGUGCUGCUGCUGCACUGGUGGAAGGAGAUCGUGGGCACCAUCCUCUUCUGCAUCGUGGCCACCACCUUCAUCGUGCGCAGGCUCUUCCACCCCCAGCCGCACAGCAGGCUGCGGAAGGAGUCGGAGACGCAGUGCCAGACAGACAGCAAGUACGAGCCUGCUGCUGAGAGCGUCCAGGACAGCAGCUGGAGCGACCUCAAGAGCUCCGGAUACGUGUCCAGGUACCUGACAGAUUUUGAACCCAUCCAGUGUCUGGGGCGUGGAGGCUUUGGAGUAGUCUUCGAAGCCAGGAACAAAGUGGACGACUGCAACUACGCCAUCAAACGGAUCCGGCUGCCCAACAGGGAGCUGGCGCGCGAGAAGGUGAUGCGGGAGGUGAAGGCCUUGGCCAAGCUGGAGCACCCAGGCAUCGUCCGCUACUUCAACGCCUGGCUGGAGGCUCCCCCCGAGAGCUGGCAGGAGAAGAUGGAUGAGCAGUGGCUGAAGGAUGAAAGCACUGACUGGCCACUCAGCUCUCCCAGCCCCAUGGAUGUGCCAUCCUUCAAGAUCAGAGCAGAGCCUUUCUCUGCCAAGGAGCAGGUGGAGGUGGCUGCCACUUGCUCGGAGAGGCUGGCCUCCGUGGGAAUACCCUGUGGGCAGUCUGACACCUCUGGAAGCCACUUUUCUCCUCUGGAGUUCUCUGCCACGGACAACAGGGACUUGCAGCAGUCAGAGGACCCUCUGCUGAACCUGCAGGACAGUGUCCUGACAGGCUGUGAUGCAGAGGACAGCACCAUCAACAGCAACGUCCUGGAGCACUCCCUGGGAAUGUGCUCUUCGGCUGCUCCUGGAGGGCACCUGAGGGAAGGGACCUCCUCCUCCAUUGUGUUUGAGGAUUCAGGCUGUGGCAACGCCUCCAGUAAGGAGGAGAAGGUUGAUGUUUCACACAAGGAGAGCUUUUCUGACGGGAAGGCAAGAGGUGCAAAGGAACCUGAGCAUCAGAAGUCUACUUCAGGAAGUCCUCUGUCUGUGUCUCCGCCGAGGCCAACCAGCCUGAGCCUGGACCUUUCUAAGAACAUUGCAGACAAAGUCAAGCCUCCCUCCCCAAAGGUCUACCUGUACAUCCAGAUGCAGCUCUGCAGGAAGGAGAACCUCAAAGACUGGAUGAGCAGGAGGUGCAGGAUAGAGGAGAGGGAGAGGACGGAGUGCCUGCAGAUAUUCCUGCAGAUAGCUGAAGCUGUUGACUUCCUGCACAGCAAGGGCCUGAUGCACAGGGAUCUGAAGCCUUCCAAUAUAUUUUUCACCAUGGAUGACAUAGUGAAGGUUGGGGACUUUGGGCUGGUGACUGCUAUGGACCAGGACGAGGAGGAGGAGUCGGUGCUCACCCCAAUGCCAGCCUACGCCAGGCACACAGGACAAGUAGGGACCAAACUCUACAUGAGCCCAGAACAGAUCUGUGGGAACACUUACUCACACAAAGUGGACAUCUUCUCCCUGGGGCUGAUCCUCUUUGAGCUGCUUUACCCUUUCAGCACGCAGAUGGAGAGGGUCAGGACCUUGAGUGAUGUUAGAAAUCUGAAGUUUCCACCACUGUUCACUCAGAAAUAUGCACAAGAGUACACCAUGGUGAAGGAGAUGCUCUCGCCCAGCCCCACCGAGAGGCCAGAGGCGGCAGCAGUGAUCGAGAACCCUGUGUUUGAAGAGCUGGAGCUGCCCCCCAAGCCGGUGCUGAGGCAGAGGUCACGGACAAUGAGCCUGUCGGGGAACAAGCACUGCAGGCAGCCCAGCAAAUGACUGCUCAGGACCCCCCUGCCCGCCCAGGCUGGGUGGGCUGGGGCAGCAGCAGCAUGCCCAGCAGGAUGCCCAGCCUGGCAGUGGGUCACCAAAGCUCUUCCUGCUGUGCUGGAUGGAGAAGAUGUCUUGGCCAGAGUUGGGUUUCCUUUGCCAGCCAACAAAAGCCACACUUCCCACAUUCCACUUCCUCUCCUGGGCAGGGGGUGCAGCCCCUGUGCCCACCACUCUCCUGCCCCAGUUUCCUUCCUUUGCUGGGGGGUGGGGGGCAUUUCUUUUCCUUUGGGAAGCUUGUAAAUGUCAGCUUGCUGGGUAAGGGAGAGCUGUAAGGUGUAAAUAGAACUAAAUCCUGUAUUUUUAUAGAGCAAAUUACAGUCUCUAAGCCUGGUGAGGAUCUCUCCUGCUCCUUGGUGAAAUGAAGAUGAUUUUGCAAUGAGCUGCGACUCCACUUUUGUUGUCUCUGCUGGGGGAAACUGGGGACCUGCACUGUUUUUAAAGCAAAAACCACCCCUGAAUCCCACAGCUGUAUCAACUGGCACUGGCCAGAGCCAGCCACCCCCUCCCUCUGCACUCUGCUCUAGCUUAGGGAAUGCAUUUUAGCCCGAGAAGGAAAAGGAGCUUCUGCUGGUUUGGCCAUUAAGAAGGGCUUGGGCUGGGUUUUUAACCUUAAGGCAGUGGCUGGAAGAACCCUAGUUGGAAACUAAAAUCAUCUAGGAAAAGCUUGAGGUUCUGCAAGCUUCAGGCUGAUGAAGUCAUCCCUGUCCUGGGGCAGCUGCUGCAGUUGGACUUGGGAAAGGCAAAAACAUCACAACACCAGGCAGCAGGGCCCUGUGUGCUCUGCUGCUGGAGCUGCCUCCUGCCCUGCUCCUGCUCCUGCCUCUGCCCUUCUCAAAGCUCCUUCUCCAGCCUCUUCUCCUCCCCUGCUCCUUCUCCAGCCUUUUCUCAUGCCCUUCCUCUGCUCCUGCCUUUCUCAAAGCUUCUUCUCCAGCCUUUUCUCUUGCCCUGCUUCUGCUCCUGCCUUUCUGAACACUCCUUCUCCAGCCGUGUCUCCUGCCCUGCUGCUCCAGCUCCCGCCUCUCCUCCUGCCCCGCUCCCGCGGUGAUUGUGUAUGGCAGCCAGGCUCAAUCCGUUUGGGUUGGUGGUGUACAGAAGGCACUUGCUGUCACUGUCGAGUGCACUGAGAUUAUUGUGACUUCUUUCAAGUCUGAACGAUUUAAUAAACUUCUCUUUGUUUUAUUUAUAAA